AUGUCUGUCGAACAUAUGAAUGAAGCCUUUGAUACUAUCCUCAUUUUGGAUUUUGGAUCUCAAACCUCUCACUUGAUUGCUCGUCGUAUCCGUGAGUUUGGCAUCUACUGUGAGCUUUUGCCUUGUACUCAAAAGAUGGCUGAUCUCCACUUCAAGCCCAAGGGUAUCAUUCUGUCUGGUUCUCCCUACUCUGUCUAUGACAAGGAUGCUCCUCGCGUUGAUCCUGCCGUCUUUGAUAGUGGCGUUCCUGUCUUGGGUAUCUGUUAUGGUCUUCAAGAAAUGACCAACCUUAUGGGUGGUAAGGUCGAAGCCUGUGACCAUCGUGAAUACGGUUAUGCCAUGUUGGACAUUCACAGAUUCCCUGAUCAUCCUUUUGCUGAUAAGCUCUUGGCAGGCAUUGAAUCUCCUGUUCAGGUCUGGAUGUCUCACGGUGAUCAAGUUACAGGUGCUGCUGAAAAUUUCAACGUUAUCGGUACAACCAAGACUGCUCCUUUCGCUGCUGUUGCUCACAGAGAGAAGCCUUUCUUCGGUAUUCAGCUUCACCCUGAGCUCACCCACACUGCCUGUGGUAAGGAGAUCCUUCGCAACUUUGUCUUGACCAUCUGUGAAGCCAAGGCUUCUUGGACCAUGGAGGAAUUUGUUGAAAAGGAAAUUGCUCGUAUUCGUAAGAUUGUCGGUCCUACUGGUCGUGUCAUUGGUGCUGUGUCUGGUGGUGUUGACUCUACUGUUGCUGCCAAGUUGAUGCACGAAGCCAUUGGUGAUCGUUUCCAUGCUAUUUUGGUCGAUAACGGUGUCAUGCGUUUGGAUGAAUGUGCCAAUGUCAAGAAGAUGUUGGUUGAUAAGAUGGGUAUCAACCUCAAGAUUGCUGAUGCCUCUGAUCUCUUCUUGGACCGUCUCAAGGGUGUCACUGAUCCCGAGAAGAAGCGUAAGAUUAUUGGUAACACUUUCAUCGAGGUGUUUGAAGAUGAAGCUGCUAUUGUCGACAAGGAAUGUGGUGGUCAAAUUGAAUACUUGUUGCAAGGUACUUUAUACCCUGAUGUCAUUGAAUCCAUCUCUUUCAAGGGUCCUUCUGCCACUAUCAAGACUCACCACAACGUCGGUGGUCUUUUGGAAGACAUGAAGCUCAAGUUGAUUGAACCUCUCCGUGAACUCUUCAAGGAUGAAGUGCGUGAGCUCGGUAAGAUUUUGGGUCUUGAUGAUGAAUUGGUCUGGCGUCACCCCUUCCCUGGACCAGGUAUCGCUAUCCGUGUUUUGGGUGAAGUUACUCGUGAACAAGUUCAAAUUGCUCGUUUAGCCGACCAUAUUUAUAUUGAGGAAAUCAAGAAGGGUGGUUAUUACCGUCAAAUUUCUCAAGCUUAUGCCGCUCUCUUGCCUAUCAAGGCUGUUGGUGUUAUGGGUGACAAGCGUACCUAUGAGCAAGUCAUUGCUUUAAGAGCUGUUGAAACCACUGAUUUCAUGUCUGCCGAUGUCAUGAUUGGUGCUGAAUGGUUCUUGACUUUGAAGCGUAUCUCUUCAAGAAUUAUUAAUGAGGUUAAGGGUGUUAACCGUGUUGUGUAUGAUAUUAGUUCCAAGCCUCCUGCUACCAUUGAAUGGGAGUAA